AUAUGAUCCUGUCAACUUUCUGUUUCUCGAUUGUCUCUUCGUGUUAUUGUUUGCUUACACGCCCUCAUCCCAUCGCCAGUCGGGUGUGAGUGUCCCUGGACGACUCUAUUUUCACGCCAUGCAGGACGAAAACAUGCUGGAGGCUCCCUCCGGGGUGCCCCAAACGGGUAGCAUCCACGCUCGAAGUCAUUUAAAGGAGAUGACCCAGGCUGCUGCCAACGGGAGGUCCCUGAUUCCGCAGCCACGUAGGUGACUUGAGGCGGGUAUGUCUGCUUAUAUACUAACAAAAACAGAGAAAUCUCGAGCGCAAUGCGCCCCGUCGUCCCCAGAGCGCAGGAGGGUGGCAUCGAUAUCAACGUCGCGCCCCACAAAGAGCUCAGUGAAGGGCCAUAGCAGGGUCAACACUUUCUCGGCUUCGUCACGCACACAACCUAGCGCAUCCUUUUCUUCGACAGUUGGACCCGGUGCGCGGCCUCCCUCCUAUCCCGCGAAGCGACCACACUCGUCCCUAUCUGAGUCCCGGAAAAGGAUCAACCCGUCUAUUUCCCGACCUGCAACUUCGCUGGAUACCCAUGAAGAGGAAACGGCUGGGCAUGGAAAGAAGCAUAAUGGUAGGCAAUACCUUCAUCGAUCUGCUUCCUGUAUUUUACCCCGAGAAUGGUCGUCUAGGGGACGUGGUAAUGGUUUUCUGAAGAGCCCCGGUAUUCAGGCGCGGCUUCGUCGAGGAGUAACGCAUGCCACUGGUGGUGAGGAGCCAGAAUUGUCUGCUACCCUACACAAUCAGACUUUCAGCCCGACUCCCCUUAAAUAUAUGGAUCCCCUAUCCCCAUUGCCCACCCAUUAUGGACCUCCCAAACAGUCCCCAUCAAAGAUUCCCAAAUCUUCUACCCCUUCCAAGCAGGCUAGAAGUAGGCCACCAUCUGUCCCUUCCAAACGCUCGUCACAAACCCCCACCUUACCACCCUUUCUCAACAAGUAUUCAUCGAUCAGAUCGUUUAACUGUUCUGCAGGAAACAGCUGGGAUAUAGACACGAAAAUGAAAUCAAUGGAGAGCUUUAUGGAGACCCUAAUGUCACAAAUGAAUCAGGCUGGACAAUCGUCGUCUGUCAUGAAAGAGACAGUGGAACUGUAUAAAUCGCAAGUCAGCGAGUUGAAGACGGCAAACAAUGAACUCACUGAGUCGAACUUGUCCUUUCGCGUGGAACUUGAGACAAUAAAAGCCCAUCUGGCCAACACGGAAAAUGCUCUUAAAGCUGCCGCUAGGGAUCAUGAGAUUGCCGUGGACGAUGCUGAACGACGUCACCGCGGUGAAUUAGAAACUGCAAGGCAGGAAAGCAAGAAGGAGUUGGAAGCAGAAAUAUCCCGCCAACAGGAAGAGGCCCGUGAGCUCAGGCGCCGCUUUGAGCGUGAACUAGAAGACGAGAAGGCGAUGCGACAAAGAGAAGCCAACCAGGUAACCUCGCAAUAUACUAUGGAUAUCCGACGUUUGCAAAUGGAGCUGGAUGGAAGAGAUCAACAGAUUGCCAAGCUGCAGAACGAAUUGAAGGCUUUUAGAGAUGACGUCGAGCGAGAAAGGAAUAGAAACCGGGAUCUUCGACAAAACCUGGACACCGCAAGUAAUAAUAGCGUCACCCUUGAAUCGACUAUCCGCGCCCUCAAGGCACGAAUUGAAUUCCUUGAAUCGGGCCGAGAAGAGCAGUCUCAGGCUUUUGAGCGAAUCAACCAACAGAUGCUGGAUGCAGUUGCCGAAACAAAUGCAACAAAGGAGAAACUGCGACAGGAAGAGACGCUGAGACGAAAACUCCACAACCAGGUCCAAGAACUCAAAGGCAACAUCCGUGUCUUCUGUCGAGUGCGUCCACCGCUGGACCAUGAAUCAGAAACACACGUGGCUGAAAUCCAGUAUCCAGACCAGUCGGAAGAAGCAAAAGAGAUAUCCAUCCUAGGACCUGAGGAACGGAACACUUUUGGUGCGGUCUCGAGAAAGAACAAUGUAUUUUCGUUUGAUCGUGUGUUUGAGCCAUCUGCACAAAAUGCUGAAGUGUUUGAGGAAAUCAGCCAGCUCGUCCAAAGCGCGCUGGAUGGUUAUAAUGUCUGCAUAUUCUGUUACGGGCAGACUGGAAGCGGCAAGACAUUCACUAUGUCUUCUCAAGAUGGCAUGAUUCCCCGGACCAUUCUUCAGAUCUACGAUACUGCCAAGAGUCUAGAGGACAAGGGAUGGAAGUACACUAUGGAGGGCAAUUUUGUCGAGGUCUAUAAUGAGAACCUGAACGACCUCCUCGGGAGAGCUGAGGAAUUGGACAAGAAGAAGCAUGAGAUCAGACAUGACUUGCAGAGAUGCAAGACUACCAUCACCGAUAUCACCACGGUGCGACUCGAUUCACCAGAAAUGGUCGAUUCUAUCCUCCGUCGGGCGGCUGCCAAUCGUACUGUGGCCGCCACUAGGGCCAACGAACGAUCUUCGCGAUCACACUCGGUCUUCAUCCUCAAAUUGAUUGGAGAAAAUGCCUUCACUGGAGAGCGUAGCGAGGGAACCCUGAACCUGGUGGAUCUGGCAGGCAGCGAACGCUUGAGCCACAGCGGAGUCACGGGAGAUAGACUGAAGGAGACACAAAAUAUCAACCGCAGCCUAAGUUGCCUGGGCGAUGUGAUCGCAGCCCUGGGACAAGGGAAGGAAGGCGGACACAUCCCUUAUCGGAACAGCAAGCUCACUUAUCUGCUUCAAUUCUCCCUGGGUGGAAACUCCAAGACCCUCAUGUUCGUGAUGGUCAGUCCUCUCCAGCAGCAUCUUUCAGAGACUUUGACGAGUCUCAAGUUCGCCACGAAAGUGCACAACACACAUAUUGGAACGGCCAAGCGGCAGGCCCGGGUCCGUGAUUGUUAAAUAAUGAUGAUAUGAUUCUUUUGCGCUGUUUACGAUUUCUAUUUUGUGUCUCUCUUCUUAUUGUUCCAAGAUCCACCCCUUGAACAUAGGAUCGGUUUCCCUGAAAUUUUGGAGUUGCUACUUGUUCUCUGUUCCUCCUUGGCGCGAUUGAAGGUAUUUCAAGGUUGUUUUUAUUGGUC